AUGGUCCUUUCCCUCGCGUUCUCUGCUCUCUGUCACCCUGGGGUUUCGGCCGCGGCUCUCCCUCCGUCCGGGAUCCCCAAGUCCCCUCGUCGGUCUCCCGCAUGCUCGGAUUUCCUUCUUGGCGUGCGAUUUUCAGGUGGCCUUGUUCCGGACGUUUACCAGAUCUUUGUGAAGCAGCAGGGGGUUUUCUGCAAUCCUGCAAGCAAAGCGGCUCCUGCCAAGUUGAGGAUGUGUUUUGAAGUUCUUCCAAUCGCUCUCCUCGUUGAGGCUGCCGGGGGCCGAACGAGCAACGGGAAAACGUCGCUCCUCGACGUGGGCAUCGAGCACAUGGAUCACAGGUCGGCUCUGUGCUGUGGCAGCGCAGACGAAAUUCAAAGAAUGGAAGAAACCUUUGCUGCAAUCGCCAACUGA